AUGCUUUUUCUAGUCGACAAUGCUCAUCCAUUUCCACACUUAUAUAAUUGUGAGCAUAAGAUAAUAAAUUACUUAAAAGAAGGUUAUCGAUCUCGUCGUCGUAGUCGUUCAAGUAGUAGGGAACGUUAUCAUUCUCGGCACCGUCGGCAUCGUGAUUCAUCACGAUCUGGAAGAGACUAUGAUCACCGUAGAGGGACAUCACGUCACUCUCGCCGUUCACGCGAAGACCGUUACUCUGGAGGAGGUGUUUGUCCAGAAGAACAUGCUUCUACUGAAGCUCCCUCACCAAAUCCAUCUGCCAUUGGAUCACAUAGAAGCAGUGGACGACGAAGUGAUCGCGACCGACCUGGUCGUGACCGAAGCCGUGAAAGAGAACGUAGUAGGCAUCGAAGUGAACGUCGGGAUCACGAACGAUCAGUUCGCCCUUCUAGGCAAAGUGAUCGUCAUUCGUCGCGUCGUAAAGAACAGUCUUCCCCACCAAGACCUCCUGUUACUUCGUCAGACAGACAAUCAACUACAAAGCCUGAUCCUCUUUCAGCUGCCGCAGCAGCAGCUGCUAACAUUGCCGCUGCUCUAGGAGCUACAAACUCUAGUAGUACUGUUUCUUGA